AUGAAGCAGCUGACGGCGCUGCAGCAGCAAGGCCGCCGGAGCAACAGCUUCCGGAGCGCGUCGUCGCCUCUAGACGCCACCGUCGACGGUGCAAUCAAAUCUCCGGCGACGAUCUUCUGGCUGGUCGUCCACGGUCUGUGCUGCCUGAUUAGCUUGGUUCUCGGAUUUCGAUUCUCUCGGAUCGUCUUCUUCCUCCUGUUCUCCACUUCUUCUUCCCCCUCCGCCAACACUAGCAUAUACUCCGCUUUCCAAACGACGGUGCAUUCCUCCUCUACACCGGAGAGGAAUUUCUCCGAAGUUAGCGGCGGUGGUGGCGGAGGGAGCAGGGUGGUUGUCGGGAGGCACGGGAUACUGAUCCGGCCGUGGCCGCAUCCGGAUCCGGCCGAGGUGAUGAAGGCGCACCGAAUAAUCGAGCGGGUUCAGAUGGAGCAGAAGUCUCAGUACGGGGUUAAGAAUCCCAGAACUGUGAUUGCUGUUACGCCGACUUACGUUCGAACUUUCCAGACUCUGCAUCUCACGGGCGUGAUGCAUUCUUUGAUGAAUGUGCCCUAUGAUCUCAUAUGGAUUGUGGUGGAAGCUGGCGGCCCCACCAAUGAGACCGCCUCGCUUAUCGCAAAGUCGGGAUUGAUGACUAUCCACAUCGGAUUCGACGGGAAAAUGCCUGUACUAUGGGAUGAUCGGCAUAAACUUGAAUCAAGGAUGAGGCUCCACGCUUUGAGGGUAGUUAGAGAUAAGAGAUUAGACGGGAUUGUGAUGUUUGCCGAUGACAGUAACAUGCAUCAUCUUGAGUUGUUUGAUGAGAUUCAGAAUGUGAAAUGGGUGGGUGUGGUUUCGGUUGGAAUUCUUGCGCAGGUGGGUAGUUCAGAAGAAGUAGAAUUGCCCGUAGAUCGAAUAGAUGAAAGUGGAAAAGAUGAAAAGAAAUCAUCUUUACCAAUUCAAGGCCCGGCUUGCAACUCUUCAAACCAAUUGAUCGGCUGGCACACUUUCGAUACGCUGCCGUUUGUGGAGAGGAGGGCGAGGUAUAUUGGUGACAAUGCAGUUGUGUUGCCGAGGAAGCUCGAGUGGGCUGGAUUUGUAUUUAACUCGAGGUUGGUGUGGGAGGAUACAGAGGAAAGGCCAGUUUGGGUUAAGGAUUGGGAAGAGGUUGUUAGGGAUGGCGAGGAUUUGGAAAGCCCGUUAUCUGUGUUAAAGGAUACUUCAGUGGUGGAACCUCUUGGCAGCUGUGGCCGCAAAGUUAUGCUAUGGUGGUUGCGUGUGGAGGCAAGGGCAGAUAGCAAAUUCCCCCCAAGAUGGAUAAUCGACCCACCACUUGAAAUAACUGUGCCGGCAAAACACACCCCAUGGCCAGAUACUCCACCCGAAUUCCCAUCCACCGUCGAUAAAGUGGCUGUUAUGCCUGAGGUUACUGAGAAACGCCCGGCAAAAAGUGGCUCGAGAAGAAAACGCAGCUCAAGAAGCAAAAAGAAGCACAGUUCAAAAGUGCUGGACGAGCAUGUUACUGCUAGGCGUGUUGGGGAUAAUUAA